CAACGUCUCUCUCUCUCUCUCAUCAUUUUGGAUUUUGAGCAGCUUUCCCUUUAAUUUUCCUUCUUUCAUCAGUCACUUUAUAAGUUUUUUCACUCACUAAAACUUCAGUCCUCUGCCGCUAAAUUUGCUUCUUCCCCCACCCCACAAACUAUGCCCACAAUGAGCUCAUCUCUUUGCUUAUUGGGUCCUUGUUGGUUUAAUAUUCUCAUCUAUCUGUGCUCAUUUCUUUGAUUUUUUGCUGUUUGGGUUGUGGGAUUUGGAAUUUUCUUCAUGGCUUUCCUCAGAAAUUGAAGUUUGGACAGAUUUGAGAUGUUGGAGAUAUGAUAACAAUUCAACCUGGUAAUUGGGUCAAAGUGUCGAAGAAAGAUAGUUAUCUUGCUUAGUAUUUUCAUAAUUUUUGUAUUAUAAUGGAGUCUUGGAGCUAUGUUUCUCAAGGAAAGGGUUUUGUGUCCGACGAUUCUAUUUCUGCUCCUGAUGUGUUUGGGAGAGGGAAAAAUGGGUUGAUGGGUUGGGAAUUGAAAACCCCAUGUAAUUAUGACAGCAAUUUGGUAGAGAAUCAAGGGUUUGUAGAGUUGGGUUUCCCGGAAAUGCCAAGAAAAUCUUGGCCAGAAAAUAACUUGAAUGAAAGAAUUUGUACCCCAAUUACAUCCAUGACAAAUGCAUUUUCUGGGGAAGAUGAGUCUAGUUCAAAGUUUUCUAGCUCUGUGGUUGAAUCAAACAGUCGUGAUUCAUCCUUCAUUGAUUUGAAGCUGGGGAGGAUUGCUGAUGAUUUUAGAUCCUCCCAAACGGCCCCAGUGUUGUCCUCCUCAGAGUCAUUGUUGCCGACGAAGAGGGUCCGAGCCGGUUUGAGUUCUCAGACCCCCUUUUGCCAAGUUUAUGGUUGUAAGAAAGAUCUGAGCUCAUCCAAGGAUUACCACAAGAGGCACAAAGUCUGUGAGGUUCACGCAAAGACUGCCAAAGUCAUUGUCAAUGGCAAUGAACAAAGGUUUUGUCAGCAAUGUAGCAGGUUUCAUUCGCUGGCUGAAUUUGACGAUGGUAAACGCAGUUGUCGUAAACGUCUUGCAGGCCACAACGAACGUCGAAGGAAACCUCAUGUGGGAACUCACUCUGGUAGAAGUGGGAGGUUUUUUCAGUCAUAUAAUGGUAGUAUGAUAACACCAUCAUCUUUUAUUUGCCAAGAUAUACUCCCUAGCAACAUUCUGCAUCCACAGAAAUAUGACACAAAUGACUGGAAUGGGCGUAUAAAACUUGAAAAUGGAGCCAAUUAUUCUCCUCCAUCGGCAAUUCCCAUCACAAAUGGACAUCUGCAUCCAAAAUCCCUGUUCCCUCAUGGUUUUGAAAAACAUUGUCCUUUUCUUGCAAACGGAGUUAAUUCAGCAACAGGAAGAGACUUCAAUGAGAACAGUAACCGAUACACACAUUAUCUAGGGUCCUCAAAUUCUGUCUCGGGUUCUUUGAUCCACAACACCUCAAUAGGAAGUGAAGAUUUCGCCCUUUUCAACUCAGGAUCAACUGUUCAAGGGAUAGGGAUGUCAGGCUGUGGUCGUGCUCUCUCUCUUCUGUCAUCUCAAUCACAGAAUUCUUCAAGCCAUUCAUCGGGAAUUCCUAUGGCUCAGAUUGUAUCAGGCAGCCAUGCUAAUUACAAUGUCGGUCAAAUCUCCGGAAAGAUCUUGGGAGUGAGCUCACAGGCUUCAAUAAAUGGAGUGACAGCUAAUAAGUUUAAUUCUGUAGAAGAGAAUCACUUUAAUCCCAUACUAAUUUCUGAUGAUGGUGAUGCUGUUAACUUCACCGAUGGAAUGUUCCAAGGGUCACAAUACAUAAACGACAAGGACCGUCUUUCUUGUGAAGAUGGAUCUACUAUUGAUCUGCUUAAACUGUCAUCACAGCUUCAGCGAGUGGAGCAUCAAAGGCAAUUCAUGCAUGUGAAGCGGGAAAGUGAUGCUUUUUGAGGCCUCAAUAUCACUCGAGUGGUCCACAAAUAUGGCAUAUGAAUGUGUUGUUGUAGGAUUUCAUUUCCAUAAAUAAUGUAUUUCUGAACUGCCAUGGAAACAGCCAAAACACCUAUUCUUGGUAAAUUUUUAAGUGUGAGUGCUUUGUUGUCUCCUGAUAUUACAUGCUUAAACUUGAACAGAAACGUGGGGUUUUGGGGCCUGAAAAUGUUGACUCAUUGGCAUUUACUCUUGCCGCUUUAUGACGAUGUUGAAGCCUGUUACAUGAACUCUUCAAAUUCAAUAAACUAUUGUGGGACUGGCAAACAUGGUUUUCUGUUGGACAAUA